AUGUCUCAACAAGGAUACUACAACGGCCCUCCUCCGCCUCAGCAGGCUUACGGCCAGUACCCUCCGCAAGGCUACCAGCAGGGUUACCCCCCUCAGGGAGGAUACCCUCCCGGCCCUCCUCCCCAAGGCUAUGCUCCCCAACCCAUGCAGUACCAGCAGCAACCCCCUCCUCAGCAGAAGGACCGUGGCUGCCUAGGAACCUGGUAA